AUGUACUGUGAAGACUUUUUUGAGCGUACAACUGUACGCAACGACACGGGUAGAUAUGUGCUCAGACUACCAGUAAAGCAGAACGCUGAUUUGUCAAUACUUAAGUCAAGUAAACUAAAUGCACUGGCAUUACUAAACAGUACUUUACAACGAUUAACUCGAGAUCCAGAAAUGUAUAAGCUCUAUCAAGAUUUUAUGGACGAAUAUCAGACAUGUAGCCAUAUGGAAGUGGUGCCACAGUCGCAUGAUGCAGAUUCAGCCUCUUAUCUUCCUUACCAUUGUGUCUAUAAGGCAUCGAGUUCUGCAACGAAACUUCGCGUAGUGUUCAAUGCUUCUAAUAAAUGUAUGAACGGAAUAUCUCUUAAUGAUUGUCUACAUAUAGGUCCCAGAUUACAAAAGGAUCUAUCAAAUAUCAUCUUGCAAUGGCAACAUUACCCUAUAGUGUUUACAGGAGAUAUCGAGAAAAUGUAUAGGCAAAUUCUCGUUCGACACGGGGUCGCCCCUACAACAUUUCCGGUUACUCACUGUAACAUAUGGGACUAA